UAGGGCUAUAUAUCAUGCUUCACACACUGUACUGAGAGUUGAGGACUGGAAGCUGGACAACUCACUGCAGCUCCAGGAGACAUCUCUAGGAAUCAGUAGGAUUGGCACAGACGUUAGUUGGGACAGACUGUACUGAAUCUUCUACUAACUGCCAUAAGACACUGGAACACCGACGCGGCAACCAUGAAGAUUGCUGGGAUUCUUAUUUUAGCUUCCAUACUCCAGCUGUCACAGCCAGCUAAGGACUCGCUAGUAAAGCUGGUUAAUAAUGGGUAUGAAGAUGUCGUUUUUGCAAUAAAUCCCAAGAUUCCUGAAAAUCCAAAACUUAUCGAAAAUAUAAAGAAAAUGGUGGCUGACGGAUCUAACUACCUAUUGCAAGCUACAGAAAAUAGGCUGUAUUUUAGAAGUGUUAAGAUUUUAAUUCCAAGCACUUGGACAACCAACAGCGCUUAUAGCAGGCCUAAAACAGAGUCCUAUGACAAGGCUGAUAUUAUUAUAGCUGAUCCUUUUGUUAAAGGAGAUUUUCCAUAUACCUUGCAAUAUGGUGGUUGUGGGGAGCCUGGGAAAUACAUACACCUCACCCCCAAUUUUGUUCAAAAUGACAGAGUGCUGAGACUAUAUGGUCCCAGAGGGAGAGUGUUAGUCCAUGAAUGGGCUCAUCUGAGAUGGGGUGUUUUUGAUGAAUACAACAAUGAUAUCCCAUGGUAUCUCAGUAAACAAGGCAAAUCGGAGGCAACCAGAUGUCCUUUGAGUCUGGGUGGAUUAGCUAAAAUUGAUAUUGAUGAUGGACUAAAGCAAACAAAAGUAGACUGUGAAAUUGACCAAACCACUGGGCUCUAUGAGGAUGGUUGUGAAUUCUACCCAAAUGUGGACCGCAAUGUCCAUGAAUCUAUUAUGUAUGGACAAGCCCUGGAACCUGUGCACGCAUUCUGCAAAGAAAACACGCACAACAAAGAAGCACCAAAUGAACAAAACAGAUUAUGCAACCACCAAAGUGUAUGGGAGGUCAUCAUGAAAUCUCCUGACAUGAAAUCUGCUCCGUUGGAAAGUACCAAUAUCCCUGCCCCUACUUUUACCCUGCUGCAGUAUAAAGACAGAGUGGUCACCUUGGUACUGGAUGUUUCUGGAAGCAUGAGUGGAAGCGAUCGCAUUAACCGCCUGUACCAGGCUUCUGAAGUUUACAUCAUGCAGAUUGUCGAAACGGGUUCCCGUGUUGGAAUUGUCAGUUUCUCUAGUGACGCAACCGUUCUGUCUAAUUUGGUGAAAAUAACUAACACCUUUGACCGUGAAAGACUCAAGGGUUUUCUUCCAAGAAUCGCAACUGGAGGUACAAACAUAUGCUCUGGAGUUCGUAAAGGAUUUGAGGUAAAUAAAGGGUUCGAUGGAAGCACCUUUGGCACAGAGAUUGUGCUGUUGACAGAUGGAGAGGAUGGAGGUGUUAGCGGUUGUUUUAGUGAAGUCCAAACCAGUGGAGCCGUCAUUCACACUCUUGCUUUAGGAAACCAAGCCGAUAAAGCCCUAGAAGAAUUAUCCAGCAUGACAGGUGGUUUAAGACUAUAUGCAUCAGAUAAACUUGAUGCCAAUGGUUUAAUUGAUUCCUUCAGUGGUAUCAAAUCUAGCAGCGGGGAUGUCCAAGCUCAGUCUAUACAGAUUGAAAGUACUGCAAGAACAAUAGAACCAAAUCAGUGUCUGACUGGCAAAGUGACCAUCGACAACAGUGUAGGCAAUGAAACUUUCUUUUUAGUCACUUGGAGCGUCCUCGACCCAAGCAUUCAAUUGACAGAUCCAUCCGGCAAAAUAUAUGAGAAGGCGCAGUUUGGAACCGAUGCUGCCUCAAAGUCUGCCCGUCUCGCAGUUCCAGGCACUGCUCAGCCUGGCGACUGGCCAUACAAAUUAUGCAACACGCACUCUACAGCUCAAGUCCUUGGUAUUACGGUGAAUUCCCGAGCAGCAGAUCCAAAUGUCCCCCCAAUUACUGUUGAACCAUUUCUUAAUGCAGACACUAACAGCUUCCCCACUCCAAUGGUUGUGUAUGCUACGGUAACACAAGGGGUUGCUCCAGUUCUAGGAGUGAAAGUGAUUGCCUACAUUGAAGCACAAGAUGGAACUUCUACACCGCUAACUCUCCUGGACAAUGGGGCAGGUGCUGAUAUUAUCAAGAAUGAUGGAAUAUAUACCAGAUACUUCACAGGCUACAAGCAAAAUGGAAGAUACAGUUUGAAAGUGCGGGUUGAGAAUUAUGGACAAGAUUCAAACGCAGGCAUACCAAAAAGUGGGGCUUUAUAUCUACCUGGUUAUGUGGAAAAUGGUACCCUCAUUUCUAACCCUCCAAAGCCAAAAAAUACCAUUGAGAAUCUGAAUGUGGGAAAUUUCUCUCGAACCUCUUCAGGAGGAGCAUUUGUGAUCACAAAUGUGCCAUCAGGUCCUAUUCCAGAUACCUAUAGCCCAAGUAAAAUCACUGACUUGACCGCAAUAAUUGAAGGCCAGAUAGUCAAAUUGUCAUGGACAGCAACUGGUGAUGACCUGGAUAAAGGAAAUGCUUCCAGGUAUGAUUUACGGAUGAGUCUGGACAGCGAGGAACUGUUGGUUAACUUUGAAAAUGGCACGGUUAUAAACGUCACCAGUCUGACACCACAGCAAUCUGGAUCUGUAGAACAUUUCAAUUUUACCUCGAAAAAUCUCAUUAUAAAAAAUGGAACUGUACUUUAUUUCAGCUUGGUUGCCAUAGACAAAGCAAAUCAAAAAUCAGACCCAUCUAACUUGGCAAGGGCAAUCAUGUUCAUACCACCUCCACCACAACCAAAGCCUACUCCACCACAACCAAAGCCUACUUCAACAAAAAGACCAGGUAAUUCAGCCACGGGGGUAACUGGAACAUUAAGCAUCGUCAUCCUCACUCUUGUGACAGCAAUCACUGCCUUUCAUAUCUGAGACACAGUUGCCCAAGAAAAGAAGACUUUAUGUUAUGUUAUUUGAUGAACAAGUAUUGCAUUCCGCUGACGUUAACCAGCAGAGGAAACGAAAUAAGCUGUGUUAGCAAAUUUACAAAGGACAUGUGAUUUGAUAACUGCUUGAGAAUUGCUGAAACAUUAGGUUUAAAAUUCCCUUCAACUGUAUUACGGUGCAAAAAACGCUUGUGCUAUGAGCAGCGAUAAUCUCAAGCGUUAACAUGUUGUAGCGUAUGCAUAUAUGACAAGCUUUGGAUGGGAUUUGGAGGUCUAAUUCAACUGACCUGAAUAAAAAAAUGUGGGUCUAUAGGGCAAAAUCCUUAAUUUUUCCAAAAAUGUUUUAAUGCAAUAUAGUAAUUUCUUUUGGAAAAUUACGGUUCUUAAGAUAAAUCAAAUUUUUUGCACUUCAUUGCACAGGAAAGUGUCAGUCAGCCCCAAUUGUGAUUGAAAUGUGGAGACCUAGACAGUAAAAAAAAAAAAAGCACAAUGUGAAACAAAU